UGUCGCGCUUCUCUGUUCUCACUGGAUUGUUAGAUUCAUUGCCGUGGAUUGUUUUCCUAGGGACAUUCUCAACAAGGUUAAAUUAUCAAACACAUCUCAUGACACCUAUCCAAAGCGUUCGGGGUUUAUCAGGGGGGACCCGGAACAAUAAUUUCCCCACCCAUUUAACUCCUCAUGCGUUGUUUAUAUGUUGAAAAACUGAUGAAUAGAUUCAGCGUUUGUUUGAUGGUGCAUUGUUGUGGUCUGCGAUGUAUUCCUGGUUCGCAGCCUUUUCGGCUGAACUAUAGAUGCAUGAAUCGGUUUUGAAUUGUUUUUUUUUUUUUACCGAUCCGUUUAGUUUUUCGCAGCUGAUCUUUCAACACAACAGCGUUAGCUGGCCAGGACAAAAUGAGCAGAAAACAGCAUCAUUUUAAAGGAGCAGAGGUCAGCUGCUGUGUUAAAUACUUCUUAUUCGGAUUCAACAUCAUAUUUUGGUUGCUGGGAGCUGCAUUCCUGGGUAUUGGACUUUGGGCCUGGGCAGAAAAGGCAAUGCUGUCAAACAUUUCCUCCAUCACAGAUCUGGGCGGCUUCGACCCUGUCUGGCUCUUCAUUGUCGUAGGAGGGGUGAUGUUCAUCCUCGGAUUUGCCGGAUGCAUCGGUGCGCUCCGGGAGAACACAUUCCUGCUCAAAUUUUUUUCAGUGUUUUUGGGCCUCAUCUUUUUCCUGGAGCUCACAGCUGGCAUUUUAGCCUUUGUGUUUAAAGACUGGAUCAAAGACCAGCUGAACUUCUUCAUCAACAACAAUGUUAAAGCUUAUCGAGAUGACAUUGACCUCCAGAACCUCAUUGACUUUGCUCAAGAAUAUUGGUCGUGUUGUGGUGCUCAUGGGCCGAAUGACUGGAACCUGAAUAUCUAUUUCAACUGUACUGACUCCAACCCCAGCCGGGAAAGGUGUGGCGUUCCCUUCUCCUGUUGCGUUAAAGACCCUGCUGAGGAUGUUCUGAAUACACAGUGUGGCUAUGAUGUUCGGCUUCAAGGGGAGUUGGAUCAGCAGAAGUACAUUUAUACAAAAGGCUGUGUGGGGCAGUUUGAAAAGUGGCUUCAGGACAAUCUGAUCAUUGUUGCUGGGGUUUUUGUGGGGAUUGCGUUAUUACAGAUUUUUGGGAUAUGUCUGGCUCAGAACCUGGUGAGCGACAUCAGAGCGGUCAAAGCCAACUGGUGAUGCUUUGCAGAAGGCGACAGGUGACCGUGACCUCUGAUUAUGGCAGAGAGCAAAUUGCAAAUCAGCACUGUUUACACACCAUUGAUCUGGGAAAUUCCGCCCUUUUCACCCCCUGGACCUGUCCAUCUAUGUCUUUUUUUGUGGUUCCUUAUCUGAAAACAAGCUCUUAUAUGGAGACUAUCCAGAAGGAGCCUAACGUGAGAUGUCACAUUGAGAUCAAGCUAUCUGUGAUCUCGCAGCUGUCUCUUGAUUGAACGCUAUUUUCGUUUGCCCUUAUUAAAACGUUCACCAGACACUCUUCCUUGCUGGCGAAUAAUGUCAAGUGGAGGGUGUUUUCAUUAACCUGUGGAUGACUUUCCUUUAGAGAAACACACAAAUCAACCACUGGGACUUUAAACAGAGGAGCCAUGAACUAAACAAAGCCUUACAGCAGUGCAUUUCACUAUACACUUGUGUGGGUUCAGCUUUUUACACAACAUUCUGUCUGUCAGUCAUUCGAGCAGAUGGACAGUUAGACUCUUACCUCUGAUUGGCUCUCUGUUGCACAGGGUAGCCAAUCAGAAUGACGUACUUGAUAAUUACACGUAAUGCAUUUAUUUUUGUGAGUUCUACCACUACUGUCAGGGGGUGGAGAAAUGUGCUGUUAUUUGUCUGUAUAGCUAUGUUUGAUUCAUUCUCUGUUUUUUUGGUUGGCUCUGUGAGUAUAAAUCGAAUUAACUGCUUUCCCAGA